AUGCGUGUUUUCUUUGAAGACUUGGAUUGUAACAACCAACACACUCUCACUAAUCUUUUUUCUCUUCUUUCUUGCGUGAUUAAGCUUCAAUUUCUGAAACAAAGAUAUUAUUAUGCAGUCUAUUCACUUUACCGAAAAUGUUGUAGAGAGCUUCAGGCUGAUCCUUCAAGAGAAUUGCCCCGACAUAUUAAACAUAAGAGUCGAUUGGAAAAUAUUCUUUCACUCUUUGAACUGAGUAAAAGCCAGAUCACUGCUGAUAUGAAGGAUCAAGCAAGAAAAGCAGAGGAAUAUAUACGAAACGCUCUAAUUGCUCUCAACAAGCAGGCCAACAGGCAACAGUCACCUGAUGUGCAACCCAAGCAACUGUUUGGCCUGUCCAAUUCUAUAAUUUCUCAACCGAACAAUAUGGUUUCUCAAGAUCACCGAGUUGCAAUGCCAAUUGGCAGUUCACAAGACAGUAUUAUAAAUCAAUCGCCAAUAGUAAAAGGCCAGUGCAAUGCUGUCAAACAACAGACAAACAUUGCACUCCAAGAAUUUGGUGUAAAAAACAACGCUCCAAGAAUUUCGGAAACUGAAGCAUUUGGUACAAGGACCAACACUAGGAGGACUUUACCCUUGAUUAAAGAAAGCAAUGAUCAAAAUCAAGGAUUUCACAACACUGAAGUGCAAAGUCAUGCAAUGCAGAAGCUGAUUAGAGCGUUGACUUCCGUUUCGCCUGAAGCACUGAGUGCAGCAGUUGGUGAAAUCGAAGAGGUGGUUCAUUUGAAUGAUGAAAUACCAGAGAUGGUUGAUGAACAAGGACUACCAAUCUACAUUACUCCCGGAGGAUGGAAAAUGCCUCGCAGCUUUGUUGCAACCACCUUUGAUACUCCUAGCAUGCGUAAAGGUUUCGAUCAGUUCACUUACACUACGGAAUCCGACUUGAAUUCUUUCACAACGAAAGAAAAAGGCUCUCUAACUGUGGAAAAUCAGAAUCUUUUAGCAGAAAUAAAAGACAUAAACAAUCGAUUGUUCGAUUGUGAUGUGGUUAUCGCUGAAAAGGAUAAUGCUAAAAGUGCGAUUGGAAUAGGUACUGAUCAAAGUGAAGGUUUAGUUGUUAAAAUCUUGUAUAAUGCAGUGACUAUCAAUCAGAACCUUGUAUCUCACUUUAUUGCUAAUAAAAAGUCAUUGAUCGAACCCCUACGAUUGCUUAUUCCUUCAAGUUAUCCGUCCUGCUCUCUUGUUAUUCUGGACGAAUUGCCGUUGAAAGUCAGUGAUGACGUGAGAGCUCUAUCCGAGAAAGCAAAAGAAAAGCUGAGAUUUAAUGUUGGAAGAAUGAACGAACCACUGUUGAUUAAGGAUAUAGCAAGAGUGUGGGAAAGGUGUGCUAGAGAAGCAAUUCUUGAUUAUGCACAUGCUAAUGGUGGUGGAACUUUUACCUCAAUGCUUGGAGGUUGGGACGUCUGUUGA